UGAACUAUCACAAGUGUCAAAGUCAAAAAUUCUGUCGACCUCGUCAGAUUUUUCUGGCUGUGAUAAAAAUCCGUAGUAUUUUAUGUUUAAAACCGUGAUGUGUGCCCCGAAAAUCCUUUUUCUACAUUAAUUCUAGAAUGCGUAUAGAGUAUUGUGGUGUGGAAGUGGUGUUGUGUUAUCCAGUGCGGUUACUUCAGUAGUGUAAUUCGGAGAUCACGAUGCGCAUUGGUUUUGUGUUAUAUUGGUGCGUGUUUGCAUUUCAUCUGUGUAGAGGAGAUGAUGUGGACAGGACAGAGUCUAAAGACGGUGGCCGGAGACAGCAGUGGGGCCCGGUGGUGCGCACCGGCUCGUUUGUGAGCGACGGCGCUCUUCCCGCGGCUAGCGAUCAAAUGAAAGAUCGUAACGCAGCGCUAGCUGCCGCGUACGACCGUCACAUGUUACCCCACACGGGUGGGAUCAAGAUGGAUUCGUGGAACCAUGUCCUGGUGGAGGCGUGCCACAGCGACGCGUCGUGCCUGCAGGACCGCGCCGGGCUGGAGGCGAUCACGGCGCUCCACAGACAGCUGGACGACGACGCCAACGGGAACGUCGACCUCAGCGAGAGCGAUGACUUCCUCCGUGAAGAGUUGCAGUAUGACUCCGGGUACGAGAAGCGGCAACGCGCGUUCCACCACAACGACGACAUGCACAUCUCGGUUAAGGAGCUGUGGGAGGCGUGGCUUCGAUCUGAGGUCCACAACUGGACCACGGAGCAGACGGUGGAGUGGCUGACGCAGUCCGUGGACCUGCCGCAGUACAAGGCGCUGUUCCUGCAGCACAAGGUCACCGGAGCCACCUUGCCCAGGCUGGCGGUAGGAAACCUGCAGUACUUGAGCAAUACUCUGGGCAUCAAGGAUCCGAUCCACAAGCAGAAGUUGGCGCUCAAAGCGAUGGAUGUCGUGCUGUUCGGGCCCCCGAAAGGCUCGCGCUGGAAGGACUGGCUGCUGGCGUCGCUGCUGCUGGGCGCCGUGGUAGGCGCGUGGGCGGCGCUGCGGGCCGGCCGCGCCAGCCGACACCAGGUCCAGAGGAUGUUGAGAGACAUGGAGCAGCUGAGGAAGGCGGAGCUGGCUCUAGACGACAUGCAGAAAGAGCUGGAGAAAGCGCGGUUAGAACAGGAAAGCGCAACAACAGAGAAGAGAAACCUGGAGAAGAAGCUGCGCGAGGCGGGCGACACGCCGCUGCUCAACUCCACCUCCUCCGACCUCGAGGUCACGCAGCUCAAGUCCGAGAUCGAGAUGCUCCGCGCCGAGCUCCGCCGAGCGGAAGGCGAGCUGGAAGACCGGUGCUGGGCGCCGCCGCUCGGGCUCCAGCAGUGGCUGCAGCUCACGCACGAGGUGGAGAACAGGGCCUACCUGAGGAAGAAGCAGCUCGCUGACGGACAGCUGCAGCAGGCGCGGGAGGCGUGCGAGAAGCUAAAGAAGAAACGAUCCAGCUUGGUCGGCGCCUUCGUGUCAACUCACGGGAAGAGCAUAGACGACGUGGACCGGUCUAUAGUCGAAGCAAGGACGGCUCUUAACGAAGUCACGCAGGAAUUACAGGAGCGAAUGCACCGGUGGAAGCAGAUCGAGCGUCUCUGCGGCUUCAACAUCGUCAACAACAACGGGCUACAGUUCCUGGAGAGCACCCUGUAUAGGAACGCCAACGGGCGGCCCGGCGCCAGAGCACGCAUGAGCAGUUCUCAAGACGACCUGAGCGUGGGUGAUGACGCGUCGAUCUGCGGGUCAGCCACAGACAACCUCGGGUGGCGGGAGGACUCGUCGGGCAGCGAGGCGGACGCGCCGCACUACCCACUCGACUUGCGACUGGCUGAGGCUAGCCUCCUAAACUCCAGGUUGCAAUUCGAGGAGCGUCUAGCCCAGGAAGCUCGUGAGCGUCGCAUCGACGCCCGCAUUGACGAGAAGCGACUCGUGUCUGAAGACAUGAAGCGCAGCGUCAGCGACCUGAGGAAGAGUCCUGUGGAGGAUAGGCGAGGGAACAGUGUGCGGAGAGAGGAUCCCGUGCAUUUUGUUCUGGGUGGUGAUAACGUGAACUGGACAGGCGAGGACCUAAGCCGCGCGCCGCACUCGCAGUCCCAACCUCAACUGAGAGCCUCUAUGCGCGGCCCGUCCGCCCCGCUGCCGCCCCCGCGCCGCCCGCUCUCCUCCGGACAGAUAGUCCGCUCUAGAAGCACCGACAUCGUUCUCGACGACCCCAAACCACCCCCCCGAAACCCCUUCCCUAAACAGAAAACCGUCACGGAAGAAACCGUCAGCCUAAGCCUCUCUGACGGCACCCCAGCCAGCAAUACCCCGGAGGAAGAGUCAACUGAUUCAUCCCUGAUGGAGGAUGAGGCUAACCCGAAGCCGAGGAAGAGGCGUCUACAUCUGCCCUUCGGUAAGAAGUCUAAGACCCCCGCGUGACAUCCGCGGCUGCAGAAGCUGCGAUGUUUCUAGCGGCCCAGAUCUGAAGUUCUGCCGCACAAGCGAUUUGUUGUUUACACAAGUUACAAAUUGACGAGUAGUAUUUUUUUGUAGGAAGUUUUUUUGGUAAGCGUUCGUGUGCGACGGUUGCGCAUACGGACGGUUUUUAUUCUUUGAUGCCUGAUAGCGUAUGUUCGCUUGUCUAUGAACACUGUUUUCUUGUGCGUUUUGAUUGAACGCAUCUGAGAUUUUAAAAUUUACCGAAUAGCGUAAGUUAGCUUUUCAGCGAUGAGUAUUGAAGUUAAUAUUGUUUUAAAUUUAUAGCGAUGUUUCUUUUAAACUGCGACAAAUUGAAAUUGAUAUUUUUAAAGUUAACGGAUAAUAACCUCGGUAAAACUAAUACCUACACUUUAAAUUAACCUAAUCUUUCUUUCAAGUUAAAACUUUCUUAAGUUUGACUCACCUUUUGAUUCGUACUUAAUACCUCGGAUCAUUACUUACUUACUUUAUUCUUAUUAUGGUAAUAAGUACUUAUGUGCCUACUUAAUAACUAACGGAAAGCAAUUGGCCUAGCUAUAGCAUAUUACUUAACCAUUUCAUUUAUUUAUUAUAUUUUGUCAAGAGCAACAUAUUGGUUGGAUUGUUAAAUUUGUCGCGAAAACAAGCCCCCUUAUUGUCGUAUUGUUUACAAAAUCCUAAAAAUAUGUUUGUAUUUUAUAUUACCAUUAAUCUUUAUUUAUUUAUAACUUAUUAGCUAGUUAGUAACUUGGUAGGAAUAAUAGAAAAAUGUGCUCGAACCUAAACGGAGCAGUUGAUCACACAUUAUUAUUUUCUUUUGGGAAAAUGUCAUAUUCAAAUGUUUAUAUGCAGUUUUAAUUGGAAGCUAGUGUAAGCCACAUCAAAAUAGCAAUAAAAAAGCUUAUUUGAUAGCCUUCAGUGUGGAUUUUGCUUUGUAAACCCAUAUUUAGAGCCCGUCUAUGUCUUGAUAAGUCUUGUGUGAUAAAAACAUGCUGUCACUGUCUAAAGAACAUAAUUUCGAUGUGAGAUCGUCUGAUUUAUAUCGUACAAAUUAAUACAGACAUAGUAAUACAGGCUGUUAGAGUAAUAAAUCAGUAUUUUGAUCUAAAAGGCCAAAUAUUAAGUGCAACGGUUUAGGAUGUUGCUGCUACCUUAUCACCAUUUCGUGUCACAAUUUAGUCUUCGAUCAAGAGCUUCCUGUUAAAUUGACUGAAAUGUUGGCCUUUAAUUGUUGAAUUGUAAUUCAACUUUCGCAAUAAUAAAUUAGUAAAAUGAACGUCCGUCUUCGAACAUCAAGACCAAUUAAAUCGCGUCAUUCCCUGUUACUUUGCGUAGUGUAUGAUAGCGAUACAAGUAAAUUGACCCUUAGCUAUUAAUCUAGAUAGGUUUAAUUUGUAAGGCGGUAAUUUGGUGCUAAAAUAUGAUCACAUUUCGGACUGACCUACGUGGCUCAAAUUUUAUACAACUUUAUGUCAAUGUUGUCCCAUUAUGUGUAUGUGCAAUAGAUAUUUUUUACAGUUUAGACAAAUUAAUUUUAAAUGCACCAAUAAGUGUAACUUAAUCGUCAAUUAAUUAAUUACCCUCUAUUUAUAAGUAGCUUGCAAAUUAUGUAUUACUGGAAUUUGUUCUUAGAUCUUUUAUUCACGAUUCUUCUAGAUCCUAGAUCUGUAUACUUAAGGAAAAGACAAAUCGUGAUACAUUGUUACAUUUUUAAAAGUUGAAUAAAGAAUUGAAAUUA